AUGUUCGCGAAAAUUCGAUCUUUUCAAUUCAGCCCGCCCCACUCACUCAUCUCUCUUUUUCCCUUGGAUGUUCGAGUAGUGGAUUCGCUCAUUUCAGGAUUUAAUUUGUUGGUCAUCUCUGCUUAUAUUGGUGGCGAGAAGCUAGCGGACUUCCGUCGUAACGACCAGCAUCAGCUACCAUAUUAUUUCCAUUGUGAGCGCGCUCCGGUCACGUCCUUGCAAAUCAGUCUAUCAGUGAAGAUCAGUGAUCCGUUACAGAAUAACUCCAGCACGACUACCAGCUCCAACACCAUUGUCGUCUACUUCAUCUUGGUUAUGCAUCUUUCGGAAGCGGAGGAGCCUAUGCAACUGGGCUGGAGGAGCGACCUGCAUCAAUUGCAACUUGAGAUGCAAGCAUUGGCAGUACUGAAAGAAGCGUUGGUAGUGCUCCGAAGAUCGGAGGCGGUCCUGUUGGCGGAUGUGCAACAGAAGGCGGAAGCCCUGUUGAACAGGGCUGAGGAGCUGCAUAAGGAGGUGGUGGUGGGGGGACCUCAGCAGUGGAAGCGCAGCGGUUUGAGGAGUAUCGGCCUAUGUUGGAAAAGUUGA